CAAUCAAGAACUUGAAGCUGUCUUUACCAAAUUCCUUCAAUACCCAUCCUCCACACAACGCGUGUUCGAGCAGUAUCAUCAUCAUCAUCACCUGCCAAAAAUCUAAAGCUCUCAAUUGUUUUUUUUUCCCAUUAAAUUUACAAGGUGCCUCUUUUUCUAUGCCUUUGAAAAUUUUCCUAACAAAAUGUGAUGUCGGCUGAGGAAGAUAUUGAUCUUUCAGAUUUAAAGUACCAACUGAGCCAAACACAAGUUAGUUGGAAGCAAGAGAUGGAGAAAAACCAGUCUCAAGUGGAUGCUUUGCAAGCAAAACUAUUAGAUGUAAAAGCUUGUAUUCAGGGUUCAGAAGAAGAUACAAAAAAGGAGUUAGAUGUACUUUGGCGUAGAGUCAGAACUGCUGCAACAUUAAUGACGUAUUUGAAAGCUAAAGCUAGAGUCAUGGCUGUUCCAGAUUUGGCCCAUAUGUCCUGCGGUAUAAAAGAACUAGAUGGAGUAGGAAUUAUUGAUAAAAAUGGUGUACCGUUGUCUAGUUGGUCAAGGGACUUAGAUCUCUCGUCGUUUAGUGAUGCUGAUGAUGAGACAUGGAUUAAACUUGCGAGUAAACAAGAUUCCUUUGAUGAACAAGAUGGAUCUUAUACGAGCGAAUUACUCACCAGUGUACAAAUGGUUACAGAUGUUAUGGAAAAUCUUGUCAAGAGGGCUAUAAUGGCUGAAUCUGAAACUGCUUUAGAGAAGGAGAAGGUAACAAUAGGUCAUGAAGAGAUUCAAAGAAAGGCGCUUCAGAUUGAAAACAUGUCAGGUAAGUUAGAAGAGAUGGAAAGGUUUGCUUUGGGUACAAAUUGUAUCUUGAAUGAGAUGCGCCAGAGAGUUGAAGAUUUGGUCGAAGAAACUUCUAGACAGAGGCAGCGAGCUACAGAAAAUGAGCAGGAGCUUUCUCGUGUUAAAAGAGAUUUUGAGUCUCUGAAAUCCUAUGUCAGUAGUCUCGUUAGUGUCAGAGAAACUCUUCUGUCAUCAGAAAAGCAAUUCCAGACAAUUGAAAGGCUUUUUGAACAGUUAACUGCGAAAACAACCCAAUUGGAGAGCGAGAAGAUGCAGAAAGAGGUCGAGGUCCAAAAACUUAUGGAAGAGAAUGUGAGGUUGACAGCUCUUCUUGACAAGAAAGAGGCACAACUCUUGGCCAUGAAUGAACAAUGCAAGGUUAUGGCACUGAAUGCUUAUAAGUAAUAUUCUGCUUGCAACCUUUGUUCCUUUGUGGUCUUUGUAAAAGGUUGUCACAAGGGUUGAAUUCCAUAAAAUCUUGUAUUCUAUGCAUGCAUCUUUGAGAGAAUUUCUGCAACCAUAGUUGUGUUGUAUUUGCUCAUUAGGUGAAGUAAUUCAACUAACUAGAUGCAAUUUGCUCUUGAAUUUAAUGGAAAACUAUGCUGCGCCAUGUUAGGCGCGUUCUCUUUUA